AUGGGACGGCCAAAAUCAAUAAUUUAAUAUAUAAAUUUUAUACAUGAGGUCAAUUAAUCUUCAAAAUUUUAGAAUUGCUAACUAUCAUUUUCUGUACCUAAGGUUGAAUUUAGGGUUAGGGGAGGUGGGAUCCAUAAGUAUAUGAUUACCAUAUGAACCUAUUAAAAUAUUUUUUUUAAUCCACUAAAAUAUUUAAAAUAUUAUUAUAUUUAAUAAAUUUAGACUUAUUAUAUGCUCCCUUUAAUCACCAAAUUUUUAUGUAUAAAUUAAAUUAUUAAUAUCUUUUUAUUUACAUUUUAUUCCUUGCCUAUAAAAUGGUCAUGGAUAAUCUGAAUUCAACAUGUUAAAGAAUCAAAAACACAAAAAGAGAUCAGAAAUGGGUUUGAAAGCAGAUCAUAAGCCGCAUGCAGUUUGUAUCCCAUUUCCAGCUCAAGGCCACAUAAACCCUAUGCUUCAAAUAGCUAAAAUCCUCCAUUUCAAAGGCUUUCACAUAACUUUCGUCAACACAGAAUUCAUCCACAAACGCCUGAAGUUAAACUCCAUAGCCAACAGCUCCAUCAAUGGCUUCUCUAACUUCAGAUUUGAAACAAUCCCAGAUGGAAUCCAACCCGCCGGCGAUGAGGAUGGUGGUGCUGAGGCUCCUCAUCAAGACAUGCCUUCUCUUUUUCACUCCAUCCUUAACAAAUUUUCAACUCCAUUUUGUGAUCUGAUUCACAAGCUUAAUGAUAGUUCGUGUUCUGGAGUUCCUCCGGUGACUUGUAUUGUGGCUGACGGUGGCUUGACCUUCACUCUUGAUGUUGCUCGACGAUUUGGAAUUCCUAUCGGGAUUUUUUGGGUGGCCAGCGCCUGUGCUACUUUGGCUUACACGCAAUAUCAUCAACUUAUUGAAAGAGGUUUAGCUCCUCUCAAGGAUGAAAGCUACCUUACAAAUGGCUAUCUGGAAACGAGCAUAGAUUGGAUUCCAGGCUUGAAAAAUAUCCGGCUAAAGGAUCUUCCACCUUUCUUCAGAACUACAGACCCAAACGAUCCCUUUCUCAAAUGGGUCUUGACAGAGGUAGAGAAAGCUUCCACAGCUUCUGCUUUGAUUCUCAACACGUUUGAUUCCCUGGAACAAGAUGCCUUGCAAGCUCUGUGUGCCAUGUAUCCUCAUUUAUACACCAUAGGUCCUUUUCAGUUGCUGGUUGAUCAGAUCGAUGACGAUGAUGAACUGAAACUCAUGGGUUCAAGUCUAUGGAAAGAACACUCUGAGUGCCUUGCAUGGCUUGAUUCAAAACAACCCAACUCGGUUUUAUACGUAAAUUUUGGUAGUACUACUACAAUGACUCUUGAUGAACUCACUGAGUUUGCAUGGGGACUAGCCAACAGCAAAAAACAAUUCCUGUGGGUAAUAAGGGCCGACCUUGUCAAAGGUGGCUCAGAAAUUCUGCCACCCGAAUUUGCAGAAGAGAUAGUGGACAGAGGAUUUCUGACAAGCUGGUGUCCGCAAGAACAAGUCCUGAAGCAUCCAUCGGUCGGAGUUUUUUUAAGCCAUAUGGGGUGGAAUUCAAGUCUGGAAAGUGUUUGCGGUGGAGUGCCGUUGAUUUGUUGGCCAUUUAUAGCAGAUCAGAUGACAAACAGUAGAUAUGCUUGCACAGAAUGGGGCGUUGGAUUGGAGCUUGAAAAAGUUGAGAGAAAUGAAGUGGAGAAGCUUGUGAAGGAGCUUUUCGAAGGAGAGAAAGGGAAGGAAAUGAAGAAGAAAGUAAUGGAGUGGAAGAGAAAAGCAGAAGAGGCUACAUUUCCUGGUGGUUCCUCUUGCAAGAACUUGGAUAAGUUGUUGGAGAUUCUCGUGGGAAACAAUGAUAAUAAUAAUUAAUAGGUCUGUUGUCAAGUUGAUAUGCUAAAAAAUAAAAGGCAGGUAGCCUUAAACAGUUCAAAGUGAUCUUGAGUUGUUUUCGUUACAAAAUUAUUACCUCACACAAUGAAUUGAGCUUAAUUUCAUCCAAAAACCUAGCUGGAGAAGAAUUGUCAAAAUCUUUAUAUUUAAUAUUAAAUUUGGAGUAUGAAAGUUAUGAACAUAUACAUUUAUGGAUGACUCCAUAUUGAAAUAGAGAGAACGAUAUGAAUUUAAACUAAAAAUAAAUCGAUUUAUUCAUUUAUUCCGCGUACGAUAGCGUGAAGGGGUGGUGGCGCAGUUGGCUAGCGCGUAGGUCUCAUAGCUACUGAGUUAUCCUGAGGUCGAGAGUUCGAGCCUCUCUCACCCCAGUCUUUUCUAGACAUUUUUUAAUAGAAAACGACGCGUCGUUGCGGUAAUUGUUUUAUUUUUCCGGCGGGCGCCACCAAUUUUGAUGAGAGUUGAGUUGAGUUAAUCAGUCUCGGACAGACAUACUCUCGCCUUUCGUCCCGCCACCAUCACCAUCAUCGCCACCGCCCGACCCUUUCCAAAACCCCAAUCCCCCUACUCCCAGUCCUUCACUCUUCUAUGAUCAUCCACUGACACCGGUCACUUCGAAGACCAAUCAAUCAUUAUUUUCCUCAAGCAAUUCCUUUAUGCACGCCCCAAAUUCCAGCAAUUCCUUUACGCACGCCCCGAAUUCCAGCAAUUUGAUUUAGUAGAUUUGGUGGGGUUUACGAGUCUGGAAGACCCAUUCAGGGAAGAAUUGAGGAGAACUAAAAGGAUGGAUAAGGAGGGGAUAUUGGGAUUUUUGAGGGACCUGGAAGGCAAUGGUGUAGCAGGAGAAUGAAGAUUGUAAUAUACUGGUGAGUCUGUUGACGUCUUGCUGUUGAUUGGAAGCUCCUGAUUGGAUUCAAAAGGAAAGAGUCCUUGCUUGGGUUACUUGCCCAAGAUAUAUAAGAAUGCAGGUGCAACCAGGAAGGAUGAAGAUCAGGGGCAAUCUACUUAUCAUGACAAUGCUUUCCUUUGCUGAGAAUUGACAGUUUGGAGGUUGCUGAUGUUCAAAUACAUGACCUUUUUGAAUUCCACAAAAUGUAACAUUACAUUUGAUGAAAAGAACACAUAUAUACAUCACCUUUUGUCCUCUUGGUUCUUCUGUUGGUAUAUGGUGUAAUUGUUAAAGAUUGAAUAUAUGAAUGUCAGUUCUGCCUUGGUUGAAAUAGCAGGACUGCUUUGCUAAAACCUUUUACAUUGACAGCUUCAAAAUCCAAAACGUUGAAGAGCAUAUCACCUUUUGUUUUGGAGUCUUUGACAAUGUCGAUGAUACGAAUCUGGUGUGAAACAUAUUGAAACCUAAGCCAUUCUUACCUAAUCUUGCUCAUUCCAUUGUUAAUUCAUUGUUACUUCUUUUUUUGCAAUUGUUGUUUAUUCUUUCUGUGAAUAAAUUUUUUCCUUUUUUGGUGGAGUUGAUUGUUCUGGCUGUUAAUAUGUUCUCCCAUUUUACAUUGGCAGCUGAAGCUGGAUGAAUGAUGUCUAUAAUGGCAAGUGCAGUACUGAUAUUUUGCAGCAAGAAGUUUAUCAGUUACCGGUUCAAAUCAAAAUCCAAAGAGCCCAGGUCUAUUAAGAGUAUUUAGGGGUGUAAACGAACCAAACUGUUCAUGAGAUAUUUGAGACUCGACUCGAUAAAAACUCGAUCGACUCGACUCGUUUUCUUUUUAGGCUCGUUUAAUAAACGAGCCGAACUUGAAUUUAGCAGUAUUCGCCUCGUUUAGGCUCG